AUGGACUCUGCAUCUGACAUCGGUAGCGAUGGCAACGGCCGUGGCGAAGGUCACAGUCGCGCCGGCGACUUUGAACAAUCCAACCGCAACAGAGAGGCGCAACGUCAACAUAUGCGGGACAUCCUCACCAACGCGGGACUUCCUGACGACAUCGUAGCAUUGGUGGACUGUGAUCCCGUUCAAGCUAGUAAACUUGUCGACUUCCUCACCAAACGAGUACCCGGCGCCACCUUCACGGCGACCAUAGGUCAUCCCUUGUCCUUGCCCUCCUACAUCCUAGACGUCGGCCCUCCAGCCUACCUUGAGGAGCGCAUGAAGCAACUAGAAAGAAAAUUAAACAUCUACCAACAACUUACAACAUUUCAGACAGGGUUUCUCUCACCUGCGCGUGUCCCUACCUCUGGAUCAUUCAGCUCCUCCCAUCCUUCCCAGCCCACGCCCUACGACGGCCCUUCCUGCGCCUGGUGCGUCGAAUGCCACCGUCUCGACGAUGCCAAAAGUCACCCACUCCUCUACUGCAGCUUCUCCUCCAGUCACGGGGACAUUCUGGGCUGCCCGCUCUGCAAUACUCUCUCCCAUUCGUUUGACGACUGUCUAGCACGCCCUACGCACAGCUACCUCCAACGUCUCCUACAGGACUUCAACAUCUUCGUUGCCUCCCGGAGCGGACUCCCACCUUUUCGUACUACCAAUCAGUCAUGGCCGGAUAUUGUAUUGGGACGGACUGGGGAGACCUUGAUGAGUGGUUACAUGAAGGAUGGGCUGUAUCCUAUUACGAAGGAGUGUGCUUUGAGUGUUAGGGCGAUGCAUAGGCAUGGAAAUAGGUAUAGGGAUCCGAAGACGAACGAGAGGGCGGUAAUUAUGAGGAAUUUGAAGGAGUUGCGAAAGACGGAAGUGUAUGCUGAGCCGGAGCCGGAGGUAGCUGUGCCGCCCUUUGGACCCAGUGUGAGUUGA